AUGGAGGAAAGUGAUAACUCGGAGGAAGAAUUGCCCGUUGAUGGUAAAGUUGGAUUCUUAGUUGUCCGGAAAGUGCUUGCUGCCCGAGCUAUAGAAGAGGAUGAUAUGCAAAGGCAAGUGAAGGUUCCAUUCCACAUUGGUAAGUAUGAAGAUGAAGUGGUUAAGCAAAUGGUCAUGGAAGAUGCUACGCACCAAUUUGAGGAUUCGUAUCUCAUUGAUACGAAAGAAUUGAAAUUAGACCGUGAGGUACUGAAAUCAUGGAAUUGCGAGUGUUUUGGUUACAUUGGUCGUAGUGUCCAACAUACGGAGAGGGAAUUGUUGCGAGUCCAGAAAAUUUAUGAUCGGUCUGGAAGGGAGGAAGAGCGUGUGAGGUUGGGGAAAGCGAGGACGGAGCAUACGCAUUUGUUGGCCAUUGAACAGGAUUUUUGGCUGCAAAAAGCUGUAGUCAAAUGGAUGAAGGAAGGGGAUGCUAAUACCUCCUAUUUCCAUGCAAUGAUUCGACAAUGCCGGAAUCAGAAUUUCAAAGCCCGAAUAAAAAAUGAGGAUGGAAAGUGGUUACAGACCAAUCAGGAGAUUAAGCUUUCGGCUGUGGAGUUUUUUAGUGCAUUAUUUCGGUUUGAGGCAGGAGUUGCGAGACUGAAUGAUAUACCAUUCUUUCUUCAUAGUAUUUCUCUACAGCAGAGAAGUAGGUUAGAAUUGAUGCCCACAGAAGAGGAAGUGAGUUGGGUGGUGUUUGAUAUGGACAAAGAUAAUGCAGUAGGGUCAGAUGGCUUCUUGGCAUUAUUCUAUCAAACUUGUUGGCAGUUAAUAAAAAAAGACCUUAUGGCGGCAGUUUAG